AUGGGGGGUCCCACUCCAUCCGUCAUUUCUCCUUUCCAACUUCGCUUUCCGAUUUCCUCUGCCUACCUGUCAGCUCUCCGCGCUCCUCCCCAAACCUUCCGUGAUACCGACAGUGGUGUUAGCAUGGCGACCAGUAGGAUAGCACUGCCUGCGACUGAAUUCCCCCUCCACGUGCCAGUGGGCAUCGGUGGGUACGGGGUGACGCUUGAGAUGAAGGACUACGAAGUCCUUCGCGACGAGAAGGCCGAGUUCACAGAACCUUGCUUCGACCUCGGCCUCGCGUACGAGCUCGAUCGUCUGGGAAAAGGCGACAAGAUGAUCCUGAUCCGCGGUGCGAGUCUUCGCGCUGCCAGGACGGCGUCGAAGGCGGACCAUCUGAUUUUCGGGUCGGCCUUCGGCUUCGAAGCCCUCGCCAUCCCCCUGUGCACCAGUGGCGGACCUCUUCCCGGCAGGCACUGCAGCGUCCUGCUUGUUGUGCGCCCUGGCGACCUGCUUUUGCCCGACGAGGAGGAGAUCGGGACGUUCUACCGCCACCUCGACCCCAAAACCUCCUCCAAGCGGCACGAGGAGGAGGCAGCCAACGUUCUGAGGUGGGACAACGUCGACGGCUAG